AUAUUUCAAGACCAUGUGCCAGAAAGAUGCGACGAGCAACACUAUCCUUACAUGUCGGCGUCACCAUGGGAGUAUAUCUUCUGCCACUUUUCAUAUCGGACGGCAGGAAGAUGAGAUGAGACAACAACAAGAAGCGGGAAAGAAGACUGAUCACAGAUAUCCAUCCCUGUCUUUCUCGCCGUGGGGAAUCUACCUGCUUACUCUGUAGUGUACGUAGUCUAAUUGUGUGAAACC